UAUUUUGGUCCUUCUCCCUGUUUUUCUAAUCCAUUUUUUCCAAUUUGCGUCAACUAACCGGAAACAAUGUUUGCAAAUUUGACUAAUUUUUGUUUCAUUUUUAUUCUUAGUUACUCUUAUUUACUUGCUGAUAAAAACGAGUCUCUUUCUUCAAUGAAAAACAAUCCGAAAAGAAGAAGUGUCUCAUUAAAUCCGGAUAGUUUCACCACCCACUCUCCGAAAUACAAGGCUGAUUACAACAAAUACAUGCAGCCGGAGAAGCCUAAAUUGACGUUUGGAUUCCACAUUGAGAAAAUGCGAACAGUUUCUGAGAUUGAGAAAAUAUUCUCUUUUGAUGCAAUAGUAACGGCGAAAUGGAAUGAUCCUUGCUUGCGAGAUUAUCUUUCCAUCAGUCAGGAAAGUUGGACGUAUUCAUCUGAGUUAGAAUUCAAAGCUGAUUUUUUGGAAAAUAUCUGGCAGCCGGACCUCGUUUUUGACCCAUUAGUCUCAGUUGAAGAAUCAAAAGCCAGCAGUAAGGUGUUCCUGGGAAGGAAUGGAGAAGUUCAUGUGUCUAAAUUUGGACGAUACACUUUCUCGUGCGAAAUGGAUUUGCUGUUUUUCCCAUUUGAUCAGCACAAAUGCGCCAUUUUGAUUGGUGUCUACAAAAUUGAUGUCGACAUAGACGCAAUGAUCAAAAAUAUUGAGCAACAGUUCUCUAUGAAGCCAGAUCAAAUCAUUGGUAACUUACGGUUUAACGAUCUCGAUUACGCGAGAGAUUUCAGAAGUCAUUCCGCUGGAAAUGAGAAUCUUACAUACUAUAUGGAACAUGCUCUAGUUUUGCGGAUGAUUCGAAACCCAUUGUUCUAUGUUCUCACCCUUUUCGUACCAAACAUGGUCUUAACCGUACUGAGCUGGGCUGUGCUGUGGAUAGAUCCUUCUGAUUUACCCGAGAGGGCCAAUAUCUGCAUCGCUCUCAUCAUGGCGCAAAUCAUCCUCAUCACUAGCGAGGAUCAGAGCUUUCCCCAGUCGACUGAGUUCAAGAUAAUCGAUGGUUAUCUGAUUAUGAAUUUUUUAUUGAACGUGGCUUCUUUGGUCGAAACUCUGGUAGCUUCUUUUGCGAUGAAGAGAAUCAUUAGAAAAAAAAAUCAGGACUCAAUUCAGCUGAAAACAUUUGGACACAAUGAACUGAACGCAGCAUCUGGAGCUAAGCCGGAAGAAGAAACAUCUGCUGACUUUUUUGGGAGCAGCAAUGGCGAGUUCCCCUCCAACCCGCAAAUUUCAAAAGACAUCACAAAAGCUGUUGUGGAACAAAAGUCAGAUCUUAUAUCAAUUAUGGAUGGCCCCGAUAGAAUCAGCAGAAUAGCGUUUCCGAUUUCUUUCGUCGCGUGGAAUUGUUUGUUCUUUACUCUAUCCAAGUACUUCGCAGAUAAAACCUUCAAUGAAAGUGACCCACAGCCAAACAUUUCAUAAAACUAAAACUUUUCUAGAAAGUGUAAGUGAAGAUGGUAGAAGUCACAAAACCAAGCAAAGAUUAAAAGAGUAUUGAAGCUAAGCGCAUGAUUAAAAAAGUAUUAUUGAUUGAUACGAAAAUAUUUUUGAUUA